GUCGACGAGUGUGUUUUAUCUUCGCAGUCUUGUCAUCACUAGCCUUCUAGUUAUCCCCAGCAUCGACGACAAUGAAGACUCUUAUCGCGCUUCUGGCCUCGGUUGGUCUGGUGGCCGCCCACGGUUAUGUCGACAACGCCACUAUCGGCGGGCAGUUCUAUCAGUUCUACCAGCCAUACCAGGACCCGUACAUGGGAAAUAACAAGCCCGACCGGAUCUCGCGGUCGAUCCCCGGCAACGGCCCCGUCGAGGACGUGACGUCGAUCGACGUGCAGUGCAACGCGGGCGCGACGCCUGCCAAGCUGCACGCCACGGCGGCGGCCGGCUCGACCGUGACGCUCCGCUGGACGCUGUGGCCCGACUCGCACAUGGGGCCCGUCAUCACCUACAUGGCGCGCUGCCCGGACACGGGCUGCCAGGACUGGAACCCGGGCACGUCGGCCGUGUGGUUCAAGGUCAAGGAGGGCGGCCGCGACGGCACGUCCAACAACUGGGCUGCGACCCCUCUGAUGAAGGCACCCACCUCCUACACCUACACCAUCCCGUCCUGCCUCAAGAAGGGCUUCUACCUCGUCCGCCACGAGAUCAUCGCCCUGCACGCGGCCUACCAGUACCCCGGCGCCCAGUUCUACCCGGGCUGCCACCAGCUCAACGUGACCGGCGGCGGGUCGACGGUGCCCUCGAGCCUGGUGGCCUUCCCCGGCGCCUACAAGGGGUCGGAUCCGGGCAUCACCUACGAUGCGUACAAGGCGCAACCCUACACCAUCCCCGGCCCGAAGGUUUUCACCUGCUAAAGGAGAGGUGAUUGCACGAGGGGGGAAGUUAAUCCCCAUUUCGUGUCCAUAGUUUGCUGGUCGCUUCGGCGCUUCUUUGCACAUAUUUUCAGUUCAGUACAUAAAAUGAGUAUGCCGCCAAUGCGCUACCGCGAAGGCCGCCGUUGAACACAUUCUUCCUCAAGACAAAUGCCACCCGCCCCAAUCG